AUGUUCUCGCGCGAGCCCUCGCAUCAUGUUCCCGAACUUCUCUCAGACAUCGGAUAUAUGUCGUAUCGUGCAAGAAUUGAGCCAAAAUCGAAUUUGUGUAAAUAUGUGAGACGGAAAUGGGUUCCUGAAGAAUAUCCGAGUUCGAUUCAACGAAUUUAUCAAUGGACGCCUGACGAAUGUAUUCCGGAAUUUUUUGAGGAUCCAGCAAUUUUUAGUGGGAUUUUUUUGAUGUUUGGCGAGAGUAUAGAAAUAAACUAGCAGACCAUAUGGUCUGCUGUUUAGCGAUAGGCUUGUUUGGUCUCAAAAAUUUGGAUUUUCCGCGCCAAAAAACUCAAAAAAAUGUUGCAGAAUCAAUUCACCCCGAUAUGGCUGAUCUCAAACUCCCGGAUUUCAUCAAAAAUCCAUCGGAUUUCAUAAAAUAUCAUCGCCAAAUUCUGGAAUCCGAAGAAGUUUCGUCGAAUUUGCACAAAUGGAUUGAUUUGGUUUUCGGUGUACUUUUGGCGGACGAAAAAAGUGUCGCGGCACUAAAUCGACAUCUUUGUUAUGUGGAAAAACAUCGGCGAGGAUUGAGGACUUUUGGAAUGGUUCAGCUUUUUGAGAGAUCGCAUCCGCAAAGGAAUCCAGAGAAAUAUGUGAGAGCUUGAAAUUUGCUACUAAAUGAGCUUGGAAAUUUCAGAGCUCCCCUGAAGAAGAAAAUCAGCGAAUUAUCGAAACUGGAAUUUUCCAACGCGCCUCUGGAAAUGACACGACACCAGAAAUCGAUGAAAAUAGUUUAUAUGAGAUUUAUAAGUCAGCCAGGUCUCGAAGCGAAAAUGUGAGAAUUUAAAAAUAGUUUUGAAGUUCUCUUUGCUACAGUACUCCUUAUAGAAGUCUCAAAAAAAGAUGAUGAUUCAAAUUGUGGAAUUAAUCGCUCGACUCACAAUACCCCCGAUUUUUGACGACAAUUUGAAAAAUGCUGUGAAAAUGCACGCCUACCGUAUACCUGCGAAUUAUCGACAAUUUUUUGAUCUAUUUUUGAUUGGCGAGCAAGAAAUCCACGUGGAACCCGAGAAAUUUGCAUUUUUCGCCAGGAUUUUGUUGAAUAUUCCAGCGAAGAUUUUGGAUUUUCAUGCGAUUUUUAUGCAAUUUCAAGCGUAUCAUAAAUUGAGGAAAUAUUAUACCGAAAAGUUUUGUGAGUUGAUUUCUUGAGUUUAUUUCUCUUGGAAUUCUUUUUCAGCCAAAAGAUCGCAAGUAGUCCUACUAAAAGAAGUGGAUUUUCUCAAAAAAUCAAUCCGAAAAUGUCAUUUUCUCGAAUUUUGUGUCGUCACCGCGUUUCAAAAUAUGCUCGAAGACGAAGAAGCGUGCAUUCAAGCUGUACAUAAAUUAAUGCCGGUUAUAACAAGAUGUUUGAGCCAGGAAGCUUUGGAAGAUCUGAUUCGUCCGAUGAUUGAGCUGAUACAAUCGGAUACAUCGGUUAAGGUGGGUGUUUGGAAUCAUUUUGAAGGGAAUUUUAAGAGCUUGCUGAAAAUCCGGUCUGGAAAUUUGCAGCUUCUCGAUCGCCGAUUCCUUCUCUCCGUCUCAAUUUGCUACGGUUCUCGAAAAUUUGUCGAUCUUUUUAUUCCUCCAAUAAUCGAAGCUUGUGCAUCAGAAAACGAAGAUCGAUCGAUUGUUGCAAAAGAAAGUAUAGUUUGGCUGGCAAAAAGAUAUGGUCCAAUUAUUUGUGCCAAAUUUAUCAGCUCAAAUUUGCUUCGAAUUUUGGCUUCGUGUUUUUCCGAAGAUUUGGAAUCUCCGCAAAAUUCCGACCUCAAAGUAUUUAGCCUAACUCUAAAAGGUGAUCAAAUUUCGGCAAGAAUCGAAUCGAUUUUGAUGGAAAUUGUGCUAACUUGGAGUGUCACAUUUAUUACUGUACAAUAUUUGCCAUUUUGUAUCGAUUUGAUUGAGCAGAAAAUCAAUAAACGAGCAACGAUGGGCUCGCGAUUUGAGACGGGAAUUUUGUCGAUUUUCCGGAUUGUUGAGGUCUCGAUUCGUGGAAUGACUGAUAAUCUGUUGAUGACGUAUUUGGAGGUGAGAAUUUGGGGAUUUUUUGAGAUCAAAUAUGCUUUGGGUUACUGUAGCGAUUUGGCGCGAAAAAACCACGUUUUUGAGCAGACCAUAUGGUCUGCUUUUUUAUUUUUCUCACUCUAAAAACAGCAGACCAUAUGGUCUGCUACUUUUUUCUAAUAUGCUGUGAAGCAGACCAAAUGGUCUGCUAAUUUAUUUAUUUCAUUCGCAGCAGUUUUCCAGAAAGAUUACUGUAGCCACAGUAACCUUCAAAUUUUUUCCAGGAAUAUAUAAUUCAAAAAAUCCUCAAUCCAAUAUUAUCACUAAUUCUGGACACCUCAAUUCCAUUCUCCACAAAUCAGACGCGAAAUUUGAUUUUCUGCAAAUUCCUCCAAAUUCUGUUUUUCGUCUCGCAAAGAAUUGGCACUGAAAAUACGCGAAUUUAUGCAAGUCAACCAUUCAAAAAAUUGUUCGAAACUUUUGCGGAAUUAUAUGAAACCAAUGAGGAAUUGCAGAUUUCGCAGAAAUCCGGGGAAAAUGUGAGUUUUUUCUGGGAGGAUUUUCAGCCAAAAGUUGAAUUUGAGCUCAUCUGAAACCCCUUGAAAUGCUCUACAAAAUGAGUCUAAACUCAAUUUCAGAAUUUUCCAAAUUUAGCUGAAACUGAAUUUCUAGAAUCUCUACCCGAUUCCAAUCUCUAUGGUCCGACAAAUCAUCGACAAAUUCACCGAUGUUUGGAGUGUGCCAUUUCUAUCGCAAUUCUGCCCGGAUCCAUCAUUUCUCAUACCAUUUGUCUCCACUUCAAAUCCGAAUUCCACCUCGAAUCUAGCACCAAUUUCAGCCAAUUUCCAGCCAUCUCCCUCCUCAUUCUCAUCCAAUUUAUCCGGUGGAAAUCGGCUAUUUAGCCUAAGUUCCAGCCUCAAUUCACCGUCCAAUUUCACACCGAUUUUUGGGGGAAUCGAGACGACUGGCGGCAAUUUGAACCAGGCUUGGUGUGCGAAAAUAUCGGCGGCGGUUUGUGGAGCAAGGUUGGUUACAGGCUCAUUUUGUAGCUCUUGGAAAAUUUACAGAAUUUAUUAUUGGCUGAAAAUUUUCAACAUGAAAUCUUCCCCCAAAAAUUUUCCAGCCUCAUUUGGUGUCAAAAUGCUCCAAAUUUCUCUGGCGAAUUUUCAGCACCGAUCGCUUCGACCACCUCACCCUGUGCACGUUCAACGGUCACAAUUCCGAAAAAAUCCGCAAACUCGCCGCAAUUUCCAACGAAAAUUCAUUUUGCUCGGCGAGCUCCGAUCGAACCGUCAAAUUGUGGUCGAUAAAACCGGAAAAAGAAUCGGUUGAAUGUCAAUCCACAUAUCGAAAUCAUACGAAAAGUGUGCUCGAUGUUGCGAUUUUGGCCGAUAAUUUGAUUGCGUCAACGGAUGGAUGUUUACAUGUGAGAAAAUCUGGGGUUUUGGCGCGAAAAAUGAGCCAUUUUGAGCCAAAAACGGUGAAAAAUGAGCAUUUUUCUUGCAGAUCUGGGACCCGUUUCGCUCCACAAUUUUGGCUCAAAUCGACUGGAAUGAGACGGAAAAUAGUGGAAUGAUUUGUGGAUUGGCAAGUGUUGAUCGACACAAUUUGGCUGUAAUUUCCAGCCUGAAUUCGACUGUUAAGUGAGUUUUUUGGCGAAUUUUGAGCGCUUCAAAAUGAGACUAAACAUGAAUUUCGAAAAUUUCAGUUUCUAGCUGCAAAAUCCUCAGAAGCUCAAUUUUUCAGCCAGGAUUUUCAAGCAAAAUUUGGUAUUUUCAAAAAUCUUGUUUAGACUCAUUUUGUAGCUCUUGAAAAUCUCUACAAAAUGAGCUCAAACAUGAAUUUUUAAAAUUUCAGUUUCUAGCUGAAAAUCCAGUCUGAAACCGAAACUUGAUAUUUUUUGAGGUUCACAGUUUCAACCCCCAUUUUCAGCCAAAAUUUGAAAUUUUCAAAAAUCAAGUUGGAGCUCAUUUUGUAGCUCCUGAACAUUUCUUCAAAAUGAGCUCGUAAUCGAUUUUCAGAAUUACCAAAUUCCAUCUGAAAAUCCUGGCUGAAACCAAAACUUGGUUAUUUUUGAGCUUCUCAGUUUUAGCCAAUAUUUUCAAUCAAAAUUUGAAAUUUUCAAAAAUCAAGUUGGAGCUCAUUUUGUAGCUCUUGAAAUUAUCUACAAAAUGAGUUCUAACUCGAUUUUCAGAAUUUCCAAAUUCCAGCUGAAAAUCCCGAAAAUUUUCAGAAUUUUCGACACCCGAAUUGCUGGAUUCUGUAGUGAAUUGAAGGUUUCGCCGAAUUCAGGAAUGACUAGAGCAAUUGCAGUGAAAGAGAAUGGUAGAUCAAAAAAAAAUCUCGAAAAUUUGACAUACAGUAACCGUUGUAGAUCACAAAUUGGCUGUCGCGUUGUCAAAUGGAAGUUUGGCGAUUGUUGACGCGAGAAACGGCGGGAAGAUCACAAUGUUGGCACAAAUUCCAUCGACGCAUACGACUACGGUAGGUUGUUGUUUUUUUUUCUACAGUAACCCCUUCUACAGUACCCCAUUGCAGCUAAAUUGGAUAAAUUCCUCACAAUUAUUGAUUGGUGAUUCGGAUGAGCCGGGUGUAAUUGUUGAAACUCGGCCAUUUUUGAAAAUUCACCGAAAAUUGUCGGAUUGUGUAAUGGCGGCUGAAAUGGUGGAGCAGGAUGCGAAAUUGGUGACAUUGCAGGCGAAUUCGAUGUUGAGGUGAGUGGCGCGAAAAUUUGCGAUUUUUUGACACCAAAAAAAAAAAAAGAUGUUGAUCAAUGGAAAUGCCAAAUGAUCCAACGGGCGGUCGAGAAAAGGAAAAGUAUCAAAAAGAUAUAUCGUAGAAUGGAAGAUCGAAAAGAACUAUUUGGAAAGUUGAAGCUGGCGGAUGGUACUACAACAGCAAAUCGGUCAAAAAUCAAGCUCGAAAUCAAAAAUCACUUCAUUCAACAGUUCAAAAAUCAUGGCCAAAGAAGCCAAAAGAUCAAUGAAAAACCAAGAAAUCCAUUUCCAAUUUUAAUUGAUGAAGUGAGUUCAGCAACAAGAACAUUGAAAUCUGAGUCGGCUAUGGGAUUGGAUAGAGUCGGUAGUGAUAUGCUGAAACACGGUGGAGAAAAACUGCAGCAGAAUCUUGCGAGAUGCUUCAACAAAUUGAUUGAAGAUGGAAAAUAUCCACCUGAAUGGAACGAGAUUCGCAUUAAAUUGUUGGAGAAAAAGCCAAAUCCGGAAACCUUGAAAGAUGUCCGCCCAAUCUCCAUACUAUCAAUCCCUGGAAAAGUAUUCACAAAAAUAAUGACAAAACGAAUGGCAAGAAAAGCUGAGAGCUAUCUGGAUGAGACCCAAAAUGGAUUUAGAUGUGGAAGAUCUUGCUCAGAAAAUCUACAAUCCAUCACUUGCCUAUGGGAAAAAUGCCAAGAAUAUGACAUGCCGUUGAUUCUCACUUUUAUCGAUUAUCGUGCAGCGUUUGAUUCAAUUUACUGGAGUGCGGUACAGGAAGGUGUGUUGGAAUCUGGGUUCGAUCCACAAUAUAUGGAAGCCAUAAAAAGCUGCAACGAAUUGGGCACCGGAGAGAUCGAGAUCUUUGGAGAGAAAUUGAAAAUACCUGUGGAAAGAGGUGUAAGACAAGGAGAUUCGUCGUCACCUGCGCUCUUCGCAAUUGCCUUACACAAACUCCUGAACGAAGCUGAUCCACUACCUGAAGAUGAUGAAGAGGAGAAUUUUGGAAUUCGAGUCGAUGGCAGAUAUAUUUCAAGAUUAUUAUUUGCGGAUGAUCUCGUUCUAAUCGACAAAAACCCGAAAGACGCCUCAAAUCGUGCCUCAAAAAUUGCCAAAAUCUGCGAAAAAGCUGGUUUGAUGUUCAACACUGCCAAAUCAAAAGUGUUGAGAAAUCAAUGCGCCAACAAUGCAAGUGUUCGAGUAAAUGGUCAGCCACUUGAAGAUGUUGAUCAAAUAAAAUACCUGGGAAGAAUCUUCAGGAAAGAUGGCGCUUUGGACUCAGAAAUAAAUAACCGAAUAAGAGCUGGCUGGGCGGCAUAUCACAGCAUUGCAUCUGCAAUCAGCGAAAUUUCAAUCAAAGAGAAAAACCACUUCUUGAAAUCCAGCGUUUUGAGUGCUAUGACAUAUGCUUCAGAAACUUGGAACACGAAAGUUGAAGAUAUCAAACGAAUCCAAAGAACAAUCAACUAUAUAUGGAUUCAAGCAAACGCGGGAACUCCACCAAAUUUGGAAAAGUUUAUAAUGAAGAUAAAAAUGCGCUGGGCUGGACACAUUGUGCGCUUGCCAACUCAAAGAAUAUGCAGAAUUAUAACUUUAUGGGAACCUCCGAAUGGCGUGAAAAGAAGAAAAGGAAGACCGAAAAAGAGAUGGGUCGAUGACGUGCAAAAUGAAGUCAAAGUGCACCAACACAACAUCAACUUGCAAGGCCUCGGGGGAGGCGGAAGAAGAAGGAUCGGGCUAAUAUCCAGUAAAAUGCCCUGGUCACGAUUGGCUAGAAGCCGAAGUUCCUGGAAACAUCUGGUCCACAGCUACUCGCUCGAAUAA